AUGAGGACGGCUGUCCUCUUUAGCCGAUUCUGCUUGGACCGUGGUGGAAAUGCGCGGUUCUUGUCCCGAUCCGUGUUCCCUCGUCGACCGCGCUUGAAUUACUCGCGAUUAUUAUGGCAGCAGGGUUUCUGGAAACGGCCACAGAAACGGGGACAUGCGACAGGAGCUAUAUUGCUUGCUUCCUGCACCCCGGGUAUAUUUUUGAAGCUUGCAGAAGAAGGUGAUAGGGGUCAGGAGACAAGAGAAACGCAGAUACUAGAGCUCUCCCGAGAAGAAACGAGACAAAGCAUCGCGGAAGAUUUCCAGGUUCUGCCAGGUCUUAGACAGUCCCUUUUUGCCUUCUGGUACUACUAUGUGUACGACCCAAUUGCUACAGGAUGCAGAUUUAUUCAUCUGGUCCUCGUCUUCCUACCGGUAAUCCUCGCAACACCAGCUGUAUGGCUUGGGAAGCGGGUUAAUGGUCGGAAAGGUGUUCGGACGGGGGCUUUAUGGUGGUACAAUUAUCUUGUCAAAUCAAUGGAAUGUGCGGGACCAACCUUCAUCAAGCUUGGACAAUGGGCGGCGUCGCGAACUGAUAUAUUCCCUCCCGAAAUGUGCAACUACCUGUCCUCUCUGCAUUCCAACGCUCCUGCGCACUCAUUGCACGAUACUAAGAAGAUCAUAAGCAAGGCUUUCAAUGGGUUGGCGUUCGAGGAUAUCUUUGAAGAGUUCCAGGAGGAGCCUCUAGGAGUAGGAGCUAUUGCUCAGGUCUACAAGGCGAAACUGAGACCAAAUUUGGCAGCGACCUGUGACCAGGAUCUCAUCCCUCAGCCGCAGAGCUUGCGGAGUAAGGUUCGAAAAAAUGUCGAUGCAUUAGUGAAGAGUACUCCUCAAAGAGUUCCAUCAUCCUAUGUGGCUGUCAAAGUGCUUCAUCCCAAAGUCGAACGUGUGAUCCGGAGGGACUUGAAGAUCAUGUCGUUCUUCGCCUCCCUGGUAAAUGCUAUUCCGACCCUGAACUGGCUCUCCUUACCGGAUGAAGUCCACCAGUUUGGAGAGAUGAUGAAGCUUCAAUUAGACCUCCGCGUUGAGGCUAGUAACCUCGUUAUCUUCCGAGAGAAUUUCAAAUUGCGUACUACCGCUUGGUUUCCAUACCCAUAUCUGGAUUACAGCACCCGUGAGGUGCUUCUGGAAGAAUUUGCACAAGGUAUUCCUUUGUCUAAAUUUUUGGAUGCGGGAGGCGGGGUCUAUCAGCAGGAGGUUGCUAAUGAAGGUUUGGACGCAUUCCUCCAUAUGCUGCUAAUUGACAACUUUGUCCACGCGGAUCUCCAUCCGGGUAAUAUUAUGGUACGGUUUUACCAACCAAGUGAACUGGAUCUUUCGCUUCGCAAACACACCCGGGCAGCCGAUGCACCGACCGCGGCAGAUGUCGAUGUGGCAGAGAGAGUACUUGCACGCCUGAGACCAUGUGCUCAUAAUCAGGAGGACUGGGAAAAGGCGCUAGGUCAACUGAAUGUGGAGGGUUAUCGUCCCCAGCUUAUCUUCAUAGAUACCGGCCUAGUCACGCAACUCAAUGACGUAAAUCGAAAGAAUUUUCUGGACCUUUUCCGUGCUGUCGCGGAGUUUGAUGGCUACCAGGCGGGCCAGCUCAUGGUUGAACGAUGCCGUCAGCCAGAGGAGGUCAUUGACCCAGAUGUUUUCGCCCUGAGAGUGGAUCGACUUGUCCAAAGCGUCAAGUCCCGAACAUUUGCACUAGGUAAUGUGAAGAUCGGGGACGUUCUAAGCGAGAUACUAUCUAUGGUACGAGCCCACCACGUUCGACUUGAAGGGGAUUUUGUCAACGUCGUCAUAUCGAUCCUUCUCCUUGAAGGCAUUGGAAGGAGCCUUGACCCAAAUCUCGACCUUUUCAAGAGUGCCCUCCCCAUCUUGCGGACUCUCGGAUCCAACACCACUUUCUUGAAAUCCGUUCGAUCUGGUGACACUUCCAUGCUUCGCGUCUGGGUAGGACUUGAGGCGCGUGGAUUACUCCAAGCCAGCAUCGAAAGUGUGGAACAAUGCGUCAAAUACGACCAGCUCUCCCCUAAUAUUUGA